AUGCCAACGCACAUCCUUUCUGUCAUUGAUCCACCUAAAAAUGUACUUGAACACCUUCAUAAAACCUUUGCGAGAUUCUUCUGGAGUAACAAGGAAGAAGGUAGAAGUAGACAUUGGAAAAAAUGGCAAAAUCUAUGCCUUCCAAAGGAAGAAGGGGAUUUAGGUUUUAGAUCACUGCAUGAUGUAUCAAAAGCUUUAUUUGCCAAAUUGUGGUGGAAGUUUAGGACAUCCAAGUCCUUAUGGUCUAACUUUAUGUGGAACAAGUACUGUAAAAAGGAACCCCCGACAACUGUCCAAUUUAGACAAGGAUCUCAUGUAUGGAGGAAAAUGUUAGAGGCUAGGGAAGAGGUGGAGCAGGAAAUACUAUGGGAAAUAAAUAUGGGUUCUACUAAUGUUUGGCAUGAGAAUUGGACUGGUCUGGGAGCUCUGUACUAUAUUGUUCCAAAUGACUAUACAAUCAAUGAAGAUAUACAGGAAGUAGCUGAAUUGAGAGUGGAUGAUACCUGGGAUGAACACCUACUAGCACAAUCUUUCCCCGCGGACAUUGCUCAACAUAUCAGGCAAGAAGUCAUAUUUGGCACUACUGAAGAUUCCUGGGAUGUUCCUAGAUGGAUGCCUACACCUUCAGGAAAUUUUUCUGUUAGUAGUGCUUGGAAUAUUUUGAGGCAUAGAGCUCAUGCAAAUCCUGACUACAGUAAGAUAUAG